AUGGCAAAUUUGGACAUGGCAACUACAGCCUCCAGACCGUCAUCGCCAACUCAAGACCUUUGGUCAUCAAUUUUAGAUUCAGUUUCCAAUUCAAGGUCAAUACCGUCUAAACAGGUCUUACUAUUAGGCGAACCACGUACUGGGAAGUCCACACUCGCGGCGUCUUUGCUGCAGAAACCCUUGGAACCUGAUCGACCUCGGGAUGAUUUUGCGCUUGGAUUUGACUGGGCUGAUGUAAGAGACGACGCUGAUGAAGUUUAUACGGUUCAAUCUUCAAAUUCAAUCCAUACAAAACUAGUCUCCAAUGUAUUACCUCCAAGAUCCGCGAUACCCAAUACACUUAUUAUGAUAGUGCUCGACUGGACGAAGCCUUGGACCUUUAUAGAUCAACUAGAGAUGUGGAUGAAGUGGAUAGAUGAAUGGUCAAAGGGCGAUGGUAAUAGAGAAACUGAAGUUUUACGGGAAGAAGGCAAGGAGCGAC